AAGACGUCAUACAUUCAUAUUUCGAAUUUUCUCCAUGGAAAAGAUUGGGUCGAUUUAGUCAAAACUUCGAUAGUUAUCCAGAGUAUGAUGAGCGACAGUGAAACCAGUGACGUGGACGACAGUGACAGCAAGAGUACGGGAAGCAGCAGUGCGUCGUCUCGACCCACAGCGGCACUGAAUGAGAUAAUAUACAGUGCAGAUUCAGACGUCGACGAAGAGAGACCUUUGAUAUCCACAUCCUCAUUUUCGUCAAGCAGAAAAAAAGUGCACUCAGAACGAUGCGGAUGCUGCAGAAAGCUGUGUGAACGUCUCCAGGAAUUGUUACGGUCGCCGCCUGACCAGCACAGGACACUGAAAACUGUCAUCGCCUUUCCCAUCGGCGUUGUCGUGGCUUUUGCCCUCCACUAUACUGUAAUUGAUUCCAUCAAGUUGCCCCUGGCAACGUGCCAGGUUGUAGGCGGGGUUCUUGGCGUGGCCGUUGCCCUGGGGUUUGGCCUCAGUACAUCCGUGCGGUGCAUCGUGCUACUCGUGGUGCCCACCUUCUUCGGCAAGAGCGGCCGCUCCCACAUCGCUACGUUUGCCGUUGUGUAUCUGAUUGCAGGGCCUGUCCACAACAUUCUGAGCAACGCCGGUGAGAUGACCAACUCCUUGACCUGCGUCACUGAACUACUGGCCAACCACACCGCUCAGAAAUGGUUGUUCCGGAUGAAACCAGUACAAGACGCCAUGGCGCAGAUACAGAAAGAGGGGUUCCUGAUAAAGAAGAUCGGAAAGGUUGUGAACAAGGCGUUUGAACCAAUCAGGAGAGAGAUGGAAAACAGUGGGUUUGUGGAGAAGAUGAAGAAACGCGCCCGUGACAUCGACAGAAAGAGAGGUCAUAAGGACAGGGCAUCCGCCAUAGAGCAGCGGCACAAACUGAAGCCGGGCGCGGGGAAGGACAAGGCUGUGGAAAACACCUGGGAGAAGAAGCUGGACUACCGCUGUGAGGAUGUCUUCACACAAGGCGUGGAGAACUGCCGCAACUGGUUCCGGGACUUGGAGAAGCGCUGUAUGAAGGCCCUAUGGCUGUUAGGCUACAUCAUGUGCCUUCCGCUCAAACUGACUGUCAUCUGUGAAAUCGUGAGAGUGAUGCCAGGAGCCAUCGGCCUCGACUGCAACUCCAUGGAGGUCGUCAAUCCGGGGGUUGGCGAAACGUACACAGCGUCACGUGACAUGAUCGACAACAUGGACGAGGGAUUCAGCGUCAACAUGCAAUAUAAGGUGGUGGCCGACACCGAGGCUCUAGACUACACAAGGGCGGAGGAGGCGCGUAAAGCGACAAUGUACGAGUUUUCGAAGAGACGUGAUGCUAUGGAGUUUGUGAUGACACUGUUUCAGCGUGUCCUCGCUUUCAUGUUUCUCUUCAUAUUCUUCAGAUCUUACCGGUACGAGAAGAACUAUCUAACAGACUUCAAGUACGACAAUAUAUACAUAACGAAGUACUUCCGACAUAUCGACUUCCGCCGAAAACAGCAGGGGAAGACUGUGUUGUUGCCUUUAAAGAAAAUCGAAGAAAAUAAAAUUGUCUAUCCGACUUCCAGGAAACUGAUGGCCACAGAAAAGUCCAAACUGGUAAAGGGGACGGUGCACCUGUUGUUCCGAGCUCUCGUCACCGGCAUCGUCAUCAUGAUGGACUUCCUGCUGUUCUGGGUGCUCGACGUCAUCCGCCGCCACAGCAGGGUCGACUACAAGCAGCAGGGGAAACAUCGAGUCAGUAUCAAUGUGGAGGGACGAGGAUUUAUCAGCGAGAUCGUCCGAAUGUUUCUUCUUACUUUCAACUCCGAGCACGAAAUUCAUCAUCUCACCACGAACGCAGACUGCCUGCCUUCUCCGACCAAGGUGGACACCCGUAUCAUCAUCUCAAUCUACAGCAUCUACGUCAGCGUGUGGGUCUUCAUGUACUUCGAGGCCUACGGUCUGCGUCUGAGGAGGCAGAUCUGUUGCUUCUUCUACAGGAAGAGAGAGAAGAGACGAGUGUUGUACAUGUAUAAAUAUCAAUGUGUUGUGUUGAGAAAGAGAAGAGACGAGUGUUGUACAUGUAUAAAUAUCCAUAUGUUGUGUUGAGGGGGAGAAGAGACGAGUGUUGUACAUGUAUAAAUAUCCGUAUGUUGUGUUGAGAGGGAGAAGAGACGAGUGUUGUACAUGUAUAAAUAUCCAUAUGUUGUGUUGAAAAAGAGAAGAGACGAGUGUUGUACAUGUAUAAAUAUCCAUAUGUUGUGUUGAGGGGGAGCAGAGACGAGUGUUGUACAUGUAUAAAUAUCCAUAUGUUGUGUUGAGAAAGAGAAGAGACGAGUGUUGUACAUGUAUAAAUAUCCAUAUGUUGUGUUGAAAAAGAGAAGAGACGAGUGUUGUACAUGUAUAAAUAUCCAUAUGUUGUGUUGAGGGGGAGCAGAGACGAGUGUUGUACAUGAAUAAAUAUCCAUAUGUUGUGUUGAGAAAGAGAAGAGACGAGUGUUGUACAUGUAUAAACAUCCAUAUGUUGUGUUGAGAGGGAGAAGAGACGAGUGUUGUACAUGUAUAAAUAUCCAUAUGUUGUGUUGAGAAAGAGAAGAGACGAGUGUUGUAAAUGUAUAAAUAUCCAUAUGUUGUGUUGAAAAAGAGAAGAGACGAGUGUUGUAAAUGUAUAAAUAUCCAUAUGUUGUGUUGAGGGGGAGCAGAGACGAGUGUUGUACGUGUAUAAAUAUCCAUAUGUUGUGUUGAGAAAGAGAAGAGACGAGUGUUGUACAUGUAUAAAUAUCCCUAUGUUGUGUUGAGAGGGAGAAGAGACGAGUGUUGUACAUGUAUAAAUAUCCAUAUGUUGUGUUGAGGGGGAGCAGAGACGAGUGUUGUACAUGUAUAAAUAUCCCUAUGUUGUGUUGAGAGGGAGAAGAGACGAGUGUUGUACGUGUAUAAAUAUCCAUAUGUUGUGUUGAGAGGGAGAAGAGACGAGUGUUGUACAUGUAUAAAUAUCCAUAUGUUGUGUUCAGAGAGAGAAGAGACGAGUGUUGUACAUGUAUAAAUAUCCGUAUGUUGUGUUCAGAGAGAGAAGAGACGAGUGUUGUACAUGUAUAAAUAUCCAUAUGUUGUGUUGAGAGGGAGAAGAGACGAGUGUUGUA